GUAAAAUCCCAAUAUCAAUCAAGUACUAUCAUCGCGCACACUCUGCCAUCAUGGCUCAGUUCAAAUCAAAGCCCAAGAAGACAGACCACGACACCGCCACACCCGACAAGGCACACAAAAACACGAAGGAGAACGACAAAUCAGUGACACCAAAGUUCAGCAACCCUCAAAAGAUAAAUGGUGAGACCGAUUCUGCCCCUGCCCCCUCCGCAGAUGCAUCCCUGAAGAACCCAGAUACAAAGACGAUCUGGUCCAAGAAAAACCUGUCUCAGUGGGACGCUCCUGACACUAGCAGCAAUGGAGGCAGUAGCACAAAGCAUACAACACCACGCAAUAACUACUCAAAACAUCAAUCUCAACAUGACUACGUCUCCCCACCGCAUGGAGGCGGUAAAGGUGGUCGCAGGCGCGGCAGGGGAGGUGCUGCUCCUCGAGGCGGCCUCACGCAAACUCAGCCUACUCAACGAGCUACCCAACACUUCGUCGAGUCUUCUCAUGGUAGUGCGAGUAUUACUCUCGAUGCCGGUACAACACCCGCCGCCAGACAGACAGCGGUAGGUGCAAUGAGAGCGAUGGCCGCAAGCUUUCUUCCUCAAGCAGAAUCAGCUACUCAGUCAUCUGGUGGGUCCUCUGGUGUGAGCAUAGGCUCUGGACUUGGUUCUGCGCACUCCAGAACGACCCAGUCUGGUAUCACUCAAGCCAACAGUUACAGUCAAUUCACCCAAAGACACCUCUUGAAGCAGAAUGAACCCUCUUCUGACAGCAGCUUCGCUCAACCGUUCGAUGAGAUCCGCCAGGCCGUCGUCCUCGAAGACGAAAGACCAAGCCGAGUCCCCAGGUCUACGGGUCGAGUUAUCGCGAAGGUGAUUGGGAUUGAGGACGUCACAGAGGAGUUGGAAGCGCUUGAGGCUCAGCAAGUUGCUCAGCAGAACACGCUCGGUGAAAACACUCAGCCUAUGAAGCAAGUAUUGCUCGUCGAAGACCGACCAGCGGAUGAGAAGAGCGGUUACGAAGCCACGGUGGAGAAAGAAACUCAACCUCGCGUCAUUGAAUCCAUCGCGCAAAAGCCCACCACCCAGAGUGACCUGAAGAAAGAUCUCAGGAGAGUUGAAAGCGACUUGGCCUACAGCGAACAGCAAUUACAAGACCUACAGAAGAAGAAGAACGAAUCUGACCUCGAAGUCGCCAAGCUCAAAGGACAAAUCAACGAGUCAAGCGUCGAACUCCAAGCCGCGAACAAAGAGACCGACAACUUGCGCACCCAACUUGAUGAGGCCAACAUAGCGAAGAAGCCCGAUGCUCCCGAGAAGGUUCAGAAGGCUACCUCUCAGAUCGAAGCCGCGAACAGAGAAAGAGAUGACUUCAAAAUCCAACUCGAUCAAGCCAACAAGAAGAUCCAGCUUGGAAUCUGGGCGCUCAUCGAUAAAGACAAUGCUGCCGAUGAAUGGUCCAGAGCCGCGAGAAUCGAGUUCAAUGAUUUGACUGCCCGAGCAAGAGCAAUGGAGGAUGAGAACAUGAGGCUACGCAGUCAGAUCGCAGGAAUCAACGACCUAGUCUCCACGGACGUCAGUAAAGUUGCCGUGAUCGAAGCCACAGCUGCUCUGCAGGAUGAGAAACAAGCUCUUGUAGAGCAAGCCAGAAUCAGAUUGGACGAGCAAAGUCAAAGCUUCCGUGAUCAGAUGGCGGCCGUACGUCGCGAGCUCGAAGAGGCUAAGAGACACAUCCCGGCGGACACCCCCGACGCCGCCGUGGCCGCGCGUACCUCUGCAUCCGAAGACGACAAGCAAGCAAAGGCAACCCUGGACUCGCGACCUUGUCAUGUUUGCGGUGGACUUGUACCAAACAGCAUCGUACUAUCAUGCGAAGAGUGUGCCAGACUCCAGGCUCGUGUGAACGACGUCGAAGGGCAGCAUCCUACUUCCCGAUACGCAACCGCAGUGUCGUCUCCUCCGGGACAGACGACAUCCGGAAUCACACCGUGUUCGACCUGCGGUAAACCCCCUGCACCACCCACCGAUCCUGAUUGUAAAUCCUGCAUCAGAACAAAGUUUAACAUGUGGGUAGCUCGCGCUACAAAGCUGAAGGAGGAGAGAAAUGCAGCACUCGUCACAGUGGAUGAAUUGCAAGGGCGCAUUGCGCUGCGCAGUGGAACUUUGGUGCCAAUUGAUUCAACGCAAGAAUCUAUCAGCGCGGUAGAGGUCGAGUCCGCAGAUCUCAGAGCUCGAGAGGUCUUCCUGGUCGCUAAUCUUGAGAUCGCAAACCAAGAGACGCUGUCGGCGCUUGAGAGACUCUACGAGGCUCAUGAUCAGAUGGCAGUCGACUUCGAACCAGCAAACGAGCAAGAAAAUGCACGCCUUCGCGAGCAAGUUCGAUCUGCCCAAGAAGACGCUAGCAAACUCAGAGCUAUACUCGGCCCUAUCUCGUCAUAUCUUCGCUCGCAUCAGCUUCCCCAGAGCCACGCACAACUGCACACCAUUCGCAGUGUAGUUCUCACAACCACCGAACUCGAUAGAAAAUCUCAUUGAUGUUGUCGAUACGGAGAGCGCGGCCGCCACCAUGCGUCGUCGAGAGGCUUACUGGACUUUAAGAAAAUGAUUCCGCUUCACUUUGGUACCACGGAUGUGCUAAGAUGAGUCAAGAAUGUUUCUAAGAGCUUUAUUUGAAAACAAGAAGCACGAUUCCAUCCCUUGCUCAAUCCUACUGUAAUCUUCAUGCCGAUCUAUAGCAUUUUUCGAGGAGCGCUUGCGCUACGGCUACUCUUGGUGGACUCCUGAACCAUCCCUCAACCUUAUCUUCGGUCUCCGCGUAACCGAAUACUCCUGCCAUUAAUGCACCCCUAUGUCACGAUCUUCUCGGUAUUAAACCUCUCGCCAGGCCCCGACCGAUAGGUCUUACUCCCGUGCCAUGGCUUUCAAUGAUACAUCAACAUUGAACUCCACACUGCUCUCUCACAGCUUAUU